AUGGCAGCCGACUUGUCAGUUGGCAGCCCGGUUUUUAUCCAUGGCCUUGUAAGCGAGCAAGGCCAAGCACUGAAUCUGAAGCGUGGUGAAGUGGUUGCAGCUGAAGAUGCUGGUCGACUGGGCGUCGCAGUGGCAGGGGACUCUCCGAAACGGUUGAAGCGCAUGAACCUUUUGAGUGCACAUCGGAUGGAGGAUCGGCAACUGCUCCUUCAGCUUUUGGUUCUUCGCCGGCGUAAGCUGCGUCUAGUAAUGCCAGCUCUCAAGCAGCUUUUGAAGGAGGAUUUGGGCCUCAUUCUGCUGGUCUCCUCUUAUGUCUCUUCUGCUCCCAGCUGCCUCUUCCACUUUGGAGGCUUCAUGCGCCAAGUUUGGAUGGAGAACUGGUGCUUCUUAUCGGUGCAAGGUCGCGUUGUGGCAAAGUCAUUGGCGCAACAGAAGGCAUCUCGGUUGGAUGCAGCAAGCUGUGAUGUGGGCCUUGGGCGUGUGCUCUUUGCAGGCGGCUGCCGAAGACAUCCUCAGCUUUGUGCACGUGACGACUUCUUCAAGUCGGCAGAGCUUUACGACUGCCUCACGGACACGUGGCAGCAGCUUCCGCCCAUGACUACUCGCCGCCAUGGUGCGACUGCGUGCCAACUGGACGGGAAGGUCUACGUCCUUGGUGGCAUGAAGAUCAACAGACAAUUCUUGCUUUUGCUGGGCCGUGGUCGCCCUGGCCUGCCAUUUGUUGCCAUGGGCUAUGGAGUGCCAGAUAGUGGCGUUGACUUUGCGUAUGUCAGUGUCCAAGAAGCGUACCUUCUCAUGAAGAAUGAUAAGGCCGUCUUUGUGGACAGCAGAGAUGAAGAUGACUACAAGACAAGCCGUUUGCAGACCUCAUUCCACUUGCCUGCGAAUGCGCUGAUCAUGAAAGGCUCGUCUGUUGAGAAAAGCUUGGUACAGCACCUGAUUGACUUGGUGAACUCCGGCAAGACCUUGAUUUGCCUGAGUGAUGCCUGCAUCAAGGGCAAUGUGAACCGUGGCCAUGUCUCAAGAUGUCGCCACAUUGCCCAGUAUUUGGUGGAGCUGGGUGCUGACCGGAGCUUAAUUGUCCGCAUGGCGGGCGGCAUCAACGCCUGGAAGCGGGCGCAACUGGAUGGAAUCCUUGGAGAGCUUCGACCGAUGUACGCGGGAGAAAUACAAAACUGGGAUUUUGCACCACCCAAACUGAAGGAGGAGGAGUCAGAAGAUGAGGCCCUUCCAGAGAUAUCUCCAGCGAAAGGUGCUGGAGGUGGCUAUGUUGCAGCUCUCUCAGAAGAAGCUGCGCUGGCAGUAGGGCAGCAGAUUGAGAUCAGUGGCCUCAAGACAAGAGCAGAGCUCAACGGCAAAGCUGCUAUUGUAAAGGACUUUGUUGCAGACUCUGGCCGAUGGGAGAUUGAGCUCUUGGACGAGACCAAAGAGCGUCUCCGAUGUAAGCCUGAAUCUUUGCUACUGAAGAGCGCAAAGCAGGAAACACCAAAGGCUGUUGAGCCUGCAGAGGUGGAGGUGGGCUGUGGAGGAGUGGUCACGGAGAACUGCGAGCGGAUCACCUGCAAAGUGAGGUGGGUCCCAUCGAGACCUUUUCGUCAGGAUCAGCCGACCGCCUACCGGGUGCUCAAGAGCGACCUCUUCAAGAAACCAAAUGUCUCUGGGGACAAAAUCAUCAAAAUUUCAAGACCAGUGAGCUCUACCGUGCGCACCACUGGAGAGCUCUUUGUGGGCGCCAGUGGUGGCAUUUGGGCAGAGCUGGACGUCACGGCUGGCGAGAAGAAAGGCUGGAUCUACGUGAAGGGGCCUGGCUUUGGUGCCAGCAGCUGCAAGGUGACAAGCGAGUAUCUCCAAGCGUAG